UCUAAGGCUCAUUCAGAAGGCUGCUCCCCUGCCUUCAAUAGGAUGUCUAUCCUUACCAAUAUUCCUAUUAUUCACUUGAUUAUGAAUAUAUUCACUGUCAUCCUUGUUUCUAUGAGUAAUCCGAGAAUAUCCAUCAGUUCAAAAUUUGUUGUAAGAACUUUAAUGCUUUGAUAAAAAAACCUACAGCUUCUCUUUUAAAAAAAAGGGAAAAAUUGGCUGGUGCACAGUACAGCUAACUUGUCCUGCAGCUUCCCAUUGUAUUUCAGUAUUUCCCCCCUGUAGCAGAAGUGCUAAGUCACGGCUUGAACCAGUGAUGGAGAACCUGGUGGGAAGGCAGGGCCAACCCAGGGGAGCUCAGGUACAUGCAAUGCAGCUGAAUGACCAGAAGGGCUGGAGCCAGGAUCCACUCCUUCCCAGACUUCAUCUAAGUGUUGGCAGUGGAGGCAAGGGGACCUCACUGGAGAUCCCUGCCUAUGUGAGGCUUUCCAAAGGUAAGCAGCUCUUUUCCUUUGUUUCUGCAUGCAUGGCUGCUGCGUUUGGGCUCGUUCUCAUUUGCUGUAGCCAAAGGCUUUGCCACCCUGCUAUUCUCCUGGUACUUUCCAUCACAUUAUAGCAUUACACACCCUUACAGCUCUGGUAAAUGCACAGGAGUUUCAGUACAGAUAUUUUUUGCAGAAAAGCGAUCUUCCAGACCAAAAGGCUCUGUUAGCAGUAAGCACUAAACUAAUUAACUAGCAACUGCUUAAGGCAAGAUAUAAAACAGGAUCAAAUACGGAAGUUCUUCCGCGAGAUCGGAGAGUACAUUUCACAGACGCUUUCCUAACUGAUGGAAGCUUUUACUUGUGCUUCAGAACUCUUCAUCCUGACAGUAAGCACUGCUGAGCUAUGAGGACACCAGAAGGCACUUUAUUACAAAAGAAAAUCGUGUGAAAUUGUUGACAGCAAUAAAACUUUUUGUAAAACAAAAAUGCUGCCUCAUAGAAAUAUAUCAUAAUAUGUGCGCUAUUUCAGCACAUCACCUGAGCUACCGAGGAAGUCCAGAAUUGCAACCUGAACAGGAUUAUUUUCACAUGGUGAUUUACGUUUAAAACACGCACGCAUACAAGCGCUCGGGAACACAGACAGCUCAAGCGCAGCGGCUGAUGAGCAGAACGUCAGAACAGUCCGCCGGAGGCACGCCGGGAGCAGUAGUUCUAGUACGUCAGUGCUUUCGUGCUCUAAAGUUCAUAAAGAGAGACUGCCUUCCCUUGCUGCAUGCAGCAGGAUGGGCAUCCACUGCUGCUGUCCCUCGCAUAACCACCCAUUAUACCAUUCAUCCUCGGGACAAAGACAAACGAUGGGAAGGGGUAAACAUGGAAAGAUUUGCAGAGGAAGCUGAUGUUGUCAUUGUUGGAGGAGGCCCUGCGGGUCUUUCUGCUGCUAUUCGUCUCAAACAGUUAGCUGCUGAGCAUGGCAAAGAAAUACGUGUCUGUCUGGUGGAAAAGGCAUCUCAGAUUGGUGCACAUACCCUGUCUGGUGCUUGUCUUGAGCCACGAUCCUUAGAAGAACUCUUUCCAGACUGGAAGGAGCGGGGGGCUCCGCUUCAUACUCCUGUCACUGAAGAUAAGUUUGGAAUUUUAACAAAGAAAUCUAGAAUUCCAGUGCCAAUUCUGCCAGGACUUCCAAUGGUUAAUCAUGGGAAUUACAUAGUACGUCUGGGACACUUUGUGAGAUGGUUGGGUGAACAAGCAGAAGCUCUGGGUGUGGAGCUGUAUCCAGGCUAUGCAGCUGCUGAGGUUCUUUUUCAUGAAGAUGGUAGUGUGAAAGGAAUAGCAACUAAUGAUGUAGGCAUUCAAAAGGAUGGAGCACCUAAAGCUACUUUUGAACGAGGCUUGGAACUCCAUGCUAAGGUCACUGUCUUUGCUGAAGGUUGUCAUGGACAUCUAGCCAAACAGCUGUACACAAAAUACAACCUAAGGGAGAAAUGUCAAGCCCAGAGCUAUGGCAUUGGGUUGAAAGAGUUAUGGACUAUUGAUGAAAAGAAAUGGAAACCAGGAAGAGUAGAACAUACUGUAGGCUGGCCUUUAGACAGACAUACCUAUGGAGGAUCCUUUCUUUAUCACUUAAAUGAGGGUGAACCUUUAGUUGCUCUUGGAUUUGUGGUUGGCUUAGAUUAUCAAAAUCCCUAUUUGAAUCCGUUUAGGGAGUUUCAGAGGUGGAAGCACCAUCCUACUGUAGAGCCUACUUUGGAGGGUGGCAAAAGGAUUGCAUAUGGUGCCAGAGCACUGAAUGAAGGUGGUCUCCAGUCAAUACCCAAGCUCACCUUCCCAGGUGGAUUGUUAAUUGGUUGCAGUCCUGGACUCAUGAAUGUGCCUAAGAUCAAAGGGACACAUACUGCAAUGAAAAGUGGCAUGUUGGCUUCAGAAGCCAUCUUUAGCCAAUUAACCAAUGAAAAUCUCCAGUCAAAGACGAUAGGACUUGAUGUGCAAGAAUAUGAAGAGAACCUGAAAAAGUCCUGGGUCUGGAAAGAGCUGUACUCAGUUAGAAACAUCCGACCAUCCUGCCAUAGCAUGCUUGGUGUGUAUGGAGGAAUGAUUUACACAGGUAUAUUUUAUUGGCUGCUGAGAGGAAAGGAACCAUGGACAUUAAAACAUCCAGGACCAGAUUUUGCUCAGCUCAAGCCAGCCAAAGAUUGCACACCUAUUGAAUACCCAAAGCCUGAUGGAAAAAUCAGUUUCGAUCUCCUGUCAUCUGUGGCUUUAAGUGGUACAAAUCAUGAACAUGACCAGCCUGCUCAUUUGACUCUGAAAGAUGACAGCAUCCCUGUGAGCAGGAAUCUGGCUGUAUUUGAUGGACCAGAACAAAGAUUUUGCCCAGCAGGAGUUUAUGAAUAUAUCCCUCUGGAAACAGGAGAAGGAUCAAGACUGCAGAUAAAUGCUCAGAACUGUGUUCACUGCAAAACGUGUGAUAUUAAAGACCCAAGUCAGAACAUUAACUGGGUAGUGCCUGAAGGUGGCGGAGGACCAGCUUAUAAUGGGAUGUAAACUGGCAGAAAACUUUUCAGUGACUUCUGAUCAAUCAGCAGCUAAGUUUGAGUAUUUUAUGCUCAAGCGUAAAGUACAGCACUGAUUUGAAUGUUUGAGUUUGAGACUAAUGUGCCAUUCUCAAUUUUAGGUAUGACUAUUGCAAUAAAUGGAAAGUCAGUGGGCUCUGGUUAAACCCUAGCCUUAUUUAAAUAGAACUUCAGGAGUUUUGUGGCAGGUAGAAGAAAGUUAUUCUUGGGACUAAGAAAUGAACUUUGCAUCUUGGGUAUGUUGCUCAAGUUCAGUGUUGACAGGAGCCAUAGCCAGAAUCAUGGGUGUGGUGUGGUGGAAGUUUAGUGACUGUCCUUAAAAAGAAAAAAAGUGCUUUCUCUGGCUAUCUAUCUGAAGUGUUCUACUACAUGCAGUCCUACCUCACAGUAGGGAAAAUAUAUUAAUCUAGAAAACUGUCACUGUUUGUGUUAUACAUUUUACAGAAGUUACAUUUGUUUUGUGUUUUUUUUUCCCGAUGAUGACAGCCCACCUGCAAUGCAAUCUGUAAGGAGGUUUAACAAAUGUUUAAUGUUGCACCUUUGUGAUAUGUCUGCCAGCAUUUAUUUCCUGCAAGGAAUCAGGCCUGCAAUAAUAAAUAAUAGUUUAAAAAAAAAAGCCAGAAACUGCCCAGAUUGCUUCAGUGGUAAACCAGACUUCUUAGGAAGC